AACACAGCUCGAGACCCGUCGCGCGCGCGUGUCUGUGAUUAUUAUAAUACUUCUAAUCAUUAUAAUGGUGAUGAUGAUGACGGUGCCCGCUGAACCCGGAAGUGGAGCUGGAUGAUACUGUUACUAUUCUCCGUUAUAAUAAGAGUUAUAAACAUUCUCCCCGGUUUCUUUGCUCUCAGUAAUAAGGCGGGUGCACGAUGGUCCCCGCGCGCGCCGCCGCUGCCCUGCUCCUGUGCGCGCUCUGUGCGCUCGCGUGCGCCGAGGAGAGCGCGAGCGCGGGCUGCAGCGCGGUGAGACGGGUGUACCGGGAGAUGGGCUUCAGCUCGGGGAAUAACAGCGCGGGUGACAACCUGCAAGUGUGCACUCAGAACUCGACAUGCUGUAAUUCUGAAAUGGAGGAGAAUUUCAUUGAGAGGAGUAAACACGAGUUUGGCAAGUUUGUGGAUGAGGCGACUGAAGACCUGAGGAACACGUUUGAGUCCAGAUAUAAAAGGUUUGAUGAUUUCUUUCUGGAGCUCCUGGAGAAUACCGAGCGAUCGCUGAACGAGAUGUUUGUUCGUACUUACGGAGAUCUUUACACCCAAAACGCUGACGUUUUUCAAAGACUGUUUUCUGAACUGAAACUCUACUACAUUGGUGGAAACGUGAACCUGGACGAGACGAUGGACGAUUUCUGGACCCGUCUGAUGGAGCGCAUGUUCCAGCUGCUGAAUUCACAGUACAACAUCAAUGAUGAUUACAUGGAGUGCGUGAACAAGCACAUGGAUGACCUGAAGCCCUUCGGCGAUGUCCCCAAAAAGGUCAAGGCUCAAGUCUCGAGGUCGUUUGUCAUCGCUCGAACCUUCGUCCAGGGACUCGAGUUUGGACAGGGAGUAGCUACCAAUGCAUCCAAGGUUAGCAUGAGCCCGGAGUGCGUUAGCAACGUCACUGAAAUGCUUUACUGCCCGUACUGCCAGGGCGUGACGCAGACCAAGCCGUGUAAAGAUUACUGCCUUCACGUCCUGAAGCUCUGUUUAUGGAGCCAGCUCGGGAUCAGUGACGACUGGACGCGAUACAUCGAUGCGAUGCUGCUGCUGAUCGAGAGACUCGAAGGACCGUUUAACAUCGAGUCCGUCAUGGAACCGAUUGACGUCAAGAUUUCAGACGCCAUCAUGACCAUGCAAGAGAAAACCAUGGAGCUGUCGGAGGAAGUUUUUCUUGGUUGUGGUAAACCAGAGCUUUUGGAAAAAAGCAGAGUUUCCCGCGAUGUCUCGGGCAAAUUUGCUGACGAAUUUAUAACAACUGAGUCUUCUGGCACAAACCUUCAAAAGCUGGUGGCAGACGUUAAGGGGAAGCUGUCCCAGUUUAGGUCGUUCUGGUCGUCGCUGCCCGGGUUUGUGUGUCAGGAUGAAAACGUCGCAGCGCGGGUCGAAGACACGGACUGUUGGGACGUAGAGAAACAAAGCUGGAACAUCACGGAUGUGUUUGAUGAAGAGUUAAUAGACUUCCAGACGAUGAUCAACACGCUAAAGCGUGCUUAUAACGGCUACCAGUCACACUACGACGACUCCAGUGAUGAAAUAAGUGGAUCAGGAAGUGGGAGUGGCUGCAUGGACUCAUGUCUUCCUCCGCCUUCCACUCUCCCGCCAGAAAUACCGGACGUAGAUUGGUCCUCUGCCUCAUGCCAGCACACAUGCAACAUCUUUCUUCUUCUUCUUUUGUUGGUUCUAUCCGUCCUCAAAACUCUCAAUCAGCAGAGAUAAUACGUGCUUUACUCCAGCCUUUGUUUUUGCUUAAUCUGGGUUUAGGACUCCAGGAUGAAGGAACUAAAAACCAAAUUAAUGAAUGUUCACAUUGUUUAUUUCCUUUAAAAGGUUCUUGGAGUGUUAAAAGAGUGUUGCCGUCAUUCUUUUUUACUUUUUAAAAAUUUCAUAACCACUAUGUUCUUGCCUGCUUCCCUUAUGUCUUAUAUUAUUUUCUUUUGGUUAAAGGUACUUUGAGUUAAAUAUAAUCUGCGUAACAGAGGAAAUACGUAAAUUGGAAUAAAAUUUUCUCUAUUUCCCAGAUUAAUCCAUAUUUUCUCAUUUACCCCUUCCUUGCUUCACCAGAUAUCUGUACAAUAGUUAAGGCAUAAGAAUGCAAAAACUGUAUUUUGUCUUCUCCGCAUUUUGGAAGGGUCCAUCCUGGAACUGAAAAAAGACUUGGAUUAAGAGCACAGAUUUACAGAUACUGUAUACAUAAAAAAAGGUGAAGCAUGGUGGCGGGAGCAUCAUAUCACAAAGAUAUUAUUUCUCAUCAAGGACUGAUGAACACUUCAGGAUAGAGGACAAGAUGUAUGGAGCUAAUUGCAGGGCGUCCUCGAAGAGAACAUGUAAAGCAUUUAGACGGGGCGGAGCUUCACCUUCUAACAGGACAAGUGUAUUAGCAAAGCUUGACAGUAGUGUCUCUAAACCAAGAAUCGUCACAUGGAGAGACGGACGUGAUGAAUCAGGAGAAGGCGAGAAGAUCACCACUGUGUCAUGAUGCCUGUUUUAUUAGCCCUAAAAGAAAUAUUUUUCGCCUUUUUAAAGCAAAGUCUACUUCAGUUCCAGAUUGUAACGGGACUGAAGGUGGCGUUAUGGAGUUGAACUACACCUCUGUGCUGAUCAGUGCACAUUUAACUCCAUUCAGUUUCUCUGAGGACCUAAACAUCAAUACACAGUCCUAUUUUCGUUUCUUUCUUUAUUUUUAAUCGAGGGCAGAUGAUUAAUUAAGCAGUGUUUCGAACAUAAUGUAAAACACGCAGAAUGUACAUGAAGCACUUUGCUCGGGUUGUGUGAGGAAAUCAAUUGUGUUUUUAAAAUCACCUUACGAUUAUAAUUGCUGUAAAAUUGCACAAUUAAAACCUUUACUCACUCAUCCAUAGACCUAAAAAUUCUUUUUUAUCAGGAUAUACACUUAGUGACCAUUUAAUAGGAACACCUGUACCUCUGCUCCGUCAUCCGGUUAUCCAGACAUCGAACGCGCUGACGUCUGAGCGAUCUUCAGCUCUCUGGUCGCCUCGGAUUCGUCUGCUCGGCCGGCAGGAUGGAACGUUCCAUGUCCUCCUGCUGUUGUAGUGUUUGCUCGAGGUCAGCCUGUUCUGAGGUGCCUUUCUGCUCACCACGGUGGUAAAGCGUGCUUAUCUGAUUGCACUGUCGCCUCACCAACAAGCAGGUGUAUGAGUGUUCCUAUUUAUGUAGACGGUGUGAUUUGGAAUCCUUUUUCUCAAAUCUGAGCGACUUAGCAAUGCUAAUACAUAUUGUGUGUCUAUAGUCAAACCCGUUCGCAUAUCAAGGUUCACUUACAUGCAGAAAUAAACAGAAAAGUCAUUGACUGAACAUUUAUGAAGUCUUGUUUCUUUAGAUAAGUGUUUGAUGUGAAUAAAUUAACUCUAAAAAACA